GCGCGAUGGCGGCGGCUCCUUUAGACAGCAGAAGGGGGAUUUAGGCCCGGAAGAUCCGAGUCCAUCCGCGGCGGGGAGAGGACGAGCGGCGUUGGCAGGGACCGGAGCAGCGGCGGCGGCUCUCGGACUGUCCCAUCCGUCCCUUAUUGAGGCUCUGGGAGUGGCGGGGCGGCCUGAAAGCAAUGGUGAAAGCGGGGCCGUGAGGGGGGCGGAGCCGGACCGGACCCGCAGUCGCGGCUGAAGCGGCGCCGCCUCCGGGAGCGCAGACCCAGGAAGCGGCCGGGCGGGCAGCAGCAAGCGGCGCGUCGCCAUGGAGCUGAGGGUCGGGAACAGAUACCGGCUGGGCCGUAAGAUCGGGAGCGGCUCCUUCGGAGACAUCUAUCUCGGCACGGACAUUGCUGCAGGAGAAGAAGUUGCCAUCAAGCUUGAAUGUGUCAAGACCAAACACCCUCAGCUCCACAUCGAGAGCAAAAUCUACAAAAUGAUGCAGGGAGGAGUGGGCAUCCCCACCAUCAGAUGGUGUGGAGCUGAAGGGGACUACAACGUCAUGGUGAUGGAGCUCCUGGGCCCAAGCCUGGAAGACCUCUUCAACUUCUGUUCAAGGAAAUUCAGUCUCAAAACUGUUCUGCUGCUUGCUGACCAGAUGAUUAGUCGUAUUGAAUACAUUCAUUCAAAGAACUUCAUCCACCGAGAUGUAAAGCCAGAUAACUUCCUCAUGGGGCUGGGGAAGAAGGGCAAUCUGGUCUAUAUCAUCGACUUUGGGCUGGCCAAGAAGUACCGGGAUGCAAGAACCCACCAGCACAUCCCCUAUCGAGAGAAUAAGAACCUCACGGGCACGGCGCGGUAUGCCUCCAUCAACACCCACCUGGGAAUUGAACAAUCUCGAAGGGAUGACUUGGAGUCUCUGGGGUACGUGCUGAUGUACUUCAACCUGGGCUCUCUCCCCUGGCAGGGGCUGAAGGCUGCCACCAAGAGGCAAAAGUACGAGAGGAUCAGUGAGAAGAAAAUGUCCACUCCCAUUGAAGUGCUGUGCAAAGGCUAUCCCUCUGAAUUUGCCACGUACCUGAAUUUCUGCCGUUCCUUGCGCUUUGAUGACAAGCCUGACUACUCAUACCUGCGCCAGCUCUUCAGGAAUCUGUUCCAUCGCCAAGGCUUCUCCUACGACUAUGUGUUCGACUGGAACAUGCUUAAGUUUGGUGCCAGCCGGGCUGCAGAUGAUGCCGAACGGGAACGCCGGGACCGAGAGGAGCGAUUGAGACACUCCCGGAAUCCAGCCACCCGCGGCCUCCCUUCCACAGCUUCUGGCCGCCUUCGGGGGACCCAAGAAGUGGCCCCCCCCACGCCCCUGACCCCUACCUCACACACGGCUAACACCUCCCCUCGGCCUGUCUCCGGUAUGGAGCGAGAGCGGAAAGUGAGCAUGCGGCUGCACCGUGGGGCACCGGUCAAUGUCUCCUCCUCUGAUCUCACAGGCCGACAAGAUACCUCUCGCAUGUCCACCUCACAGAAUAGCAUUCCUUUCGAACACCACGGCAAGUAGCUGCUCGUCUCCGUCGGAAGGCAGCACUGGAUUCCCAGUCGGGUGGCUUCCAGUGGUCUUCAGUCUGUCGUGCACCGAUGAGAACUCUCCUUUUUGCUGUGAAGGGCAGACAAUGCAUGGCUGAUCUACUCUGUUACCAAUGGCUUUACUAGUGACACGCCCCCUGGUCUAGACUCGAAAUGUUCACACCGGGAGCUCUCCAGGCCACUCACCCAGCGAUGCUCGUGGGGAAUCCAAAUACAGACUAAACGGACAGGCUCCGAGAGCUGCCACCCACCGCCAGGGGCUGGCACCAUGGCCCCUACAGAAGCUCAGUUACCACAGGGCUGGGAAGACGAGCAGAGUGUGGGAGACGUUGCAGAGACCCCAACUCCCUGCCGCGAGCCUCUCCACCCCUCCAGUGGUGGCCAACCUACGCUCCCUGCGAUCCCACUGCAACUACCAGUCUUCUACUUGGUUAAGACAGUUUUGUAUCAUUUUGCUAAAAAUUACUGGCUUAAAUCUGUGUAAAUCUGUCUUUUUAUUGUUUCUUUCUUGUCUGUUUUUGCGGUCUUAAAAAAGAUGUUGACUUUAAAGACUCCUAAGGUAGACACUGGCUUGCCGUGUCUGUGGAGUCAGAGAGGGGCACACAAAUGUCAAGGAUGUGCGUUCCAUUUCUGUUUUCUGUGUUGUGUUGUCCACUGUGGAGAAGGAACGUCUCAUCAGAAGCUGUGUGUGCGUGUGUGUCUGUGCGUGUCACAGGCCCCUCAGCUCAGUUCUGGCCUUGUUCACCCUCCCUUCUGUAAGCUGAAAUACCUGCUGUCGUCAGCGCACUAGAAAGCGUGGCUACUGCAGAGCAAGUGUGCUCAGUGUGUUGCUCAGAACGUCGUGCCUUUCUGCCCAGAGGAGGCAAGGAGGAAGUGAGGGACUCUGAAGGAUUGGGCACAGAGGCCUUUAGAGCCCAUAGGUAGUCUGGAUUAAAGUUGGGUGUGCGUUUCUGAUUUCUGACUCAGAGACAUGGGGGUUGUGUAGGGGGUUGUGUAUGGUAUUUUGGUAGUGUUUGUUGCCUUUAUGCCUUUGAAUUGGGGAGUUUCUGAACAGACAAAUACUGCCAUGCAGAUUGGCACUUGGUCUGUGUCUUUGCCUGCUCAAAGCCAGGGAGCAAGUUGUCCUCCUAGGCGCCAAGUUUGCCCAGAAAGGCUACUGGCUGAAGGGAGUCCACCUAGAGGUGCCAAGAGGCAGGUGACUGCCCACCUCAAUCUAGAACCCUCAUCUCCAGAAAGAUGUGGUGCCACAUGCUUUGUGACCUUCAGCCAGAUGUCUGUCGGGGAAGCCGUGGCUGCCCAGGAGAGGCACCUUCUGCAAGCUGGCCUGCCACUGGCAGUUAGGAUCCUCAGAUACUCUUCCCUGCCUGUGAUUGUGUCCAGCAUAUGUACUGCUUGGUGGAGGUGGCAGCAGGCCUGAGCGACCCUUGGGGACACGAUGCAGUAUGUGUUUAUGGGUCCACCUCUGUUUCUGCCUACCAUUGUAUGGAGAGUUCUGCUGGGGCCAGGGUGCUCUCGGAGGGGCUGAUGGUGCCACCGUGGCUUUCCCCUCCUAACCCAGAGACCCCCAGCACAGAGCUCUUGGCCCUGGUGUACAGUGGCACAUUCCGGUGUGCGGCCAUUUGCUGUCCCAGCCAUCCGUCUGAGCCUGUAGAUGCUCCUCUGAAUCCUGAGCUGGCUACUCUGCAAACAUUUUGGGGUGUAGGGCCUUGAGCAGAAGGGCUGUGCAUCUGUGUGCAUUAGGAACUCAGGUGGGUCAGAUAAGGUUGAGGUGUCCAUGGUUGUGAGCCCCUUCCUUAUUAGUUUUGGGCUCCCACUGUCAAUGAGCUGGUGAGGGUGGCAGCAGACCUACACACAAGCUCUUUGUAAAUAGCCAUGGUCCCCAGCAGUGCCAGAGAGCAAUGCCAGGCAGCCUCCAGAUACUGCACCACAUGCAUCCUGGAGCUGCUGGUUGCUGUGGGAGUGGACCCGCCUGAGCCCUCGAGGGUGUGGCUGUGAUGUUCUUGCCCAAUAGUUAAUCCCCAUCACACUUACAGGAAACAUAGUUAGAAUGUGUGUAUCAACCUAUGUCUUGGUGACCAGUCUCUGAGCUGUGCGUUUGUACUACCACUGUAUUUGUGUACUUUAACAAUUGUGUAAAUAAUAAAUUCAUAAUGACUUCUACGUUU